AUGUCAUCAGGUUCCAAAACAGCCACGCCGAAGCAGGAUUUUCUUUGGGUCAAUCACGACAGCAACAAUCUGAAACCACAGCCAGAGAAUAGACAGCAGAUCUUCAAGCAUGUCCAAAGGCGGUAUCGGCCAUGGAAACGCGGACAGGAGGCCAAAGCCUUGAGAGAAUCUGCAAAAGUACCUAGAUCGACAUGGAGUACGAGUAAGAGUAGAGAUGCGAUCGAGAAAGAGGCCGAGAAGAACAAGAAGGCGCUUGUUCACGCUCCUUCUUCUCCUAAGACUUUGGUGGGGAAGGGCAAUUCAGAUCCCUUUUCCACUUUCGCCGUGCCGAUUACUGCAGAGGCAAAUAAGUUUUUGACGUUCUACAGAGAUUAUUUUAUUCCUGCAGCAUAUUUCCAGAUUCGCUACAAGACGAGAGCCGCCCUCGCGAACGAGAAUUGGCAGGACCAAGUGACCGGGCUGCAUGAUUCCGGGACUGGCUAUGCCACGCUAGCUUUUCAUAGCGCUGCUGCUGUGAAGUACAACCCCACGAUGCGGCCGAUGGCACUGAAGUUCAUGAAUGAAAGUAUGACCGCAUUGCGCGAGAAGAUCGCGAAAGAUAGCGACAAGCAAGAAUUCCCUUACAUCUGGCAUAUGACGGCCAUCUUUGCGGCCGAGGUCACUGGAGCAAAUCUGCAAAAUGCGCUGACUCAUGGCAAGAUGCUCUUCGAUCUGCAAAAGCAAAUGUUCGCAAAAGGGAAGCUCGAUUAUAGGCACCUCCUAUAUCAGAUGUACCUUGAUUCUCAACUAAGCACAAUGUUUCUCCACCGCACAAUAUUCGACGUCGAUUCGUGGGCGCUUACUUUCCUCGCACCAGUUGGGAAAGCUGCAGCCAGGCAUCCACAUCAGAUUGUGUGUCCAGAUGCAAUUUUCGACCCCUCUGUCGAUACCGAGGAACUGCAACAGUGGUUCCGGAUUCGGCAGGAACAGCUGAAUUAUGUAUUCAUGCGGCUUGAGCAGAAGCUCACAGUGGUUUCGCCUGUUGUUACUACCUGGCGCUUUGCAAGGACAUGUAUCUUCAAUGGGCGAAUGGUCCACCACUAUUUGAACGCUGAAGCACGAUUGAAUCGUCCAGGUCUGCAACAGGAAGUCAAGGACCAUUUGUAUGCCCAGCAGUACCUUGCGCUAGCCGCCCUUUGGCAUGUGCGAGAUCCUUUUAUGAAUCCCGUUCUUCUCGGAAAGCCCAUAUACGAUGGAACGGCAGUGUUGGUCGCGCUCCGAAGAGCACUCGAGCUGGACCGUGGGUCCGCAGAUCGCCCUUUCAACAUGAGUAGCUGGGACAGGUACAGAAAUUCUCGGUUAUGGGCGCUGUAUGUUGGCGCUCUGGCUGAGCGAGCUCCAAACACGUUUUCUGCCCAAGUUGUGCGGUCCUUGUCAUGGUUCAACACGAACCUCGCUGAGCAAGCAGCAGCAAUGGGCAUCCGGACAUGGAGUGCAGCCAAAGUUGUCUUCAAUGGCUUUUUGUACCACGAAUCCAUGUCUGCGCAGGGAUCGGAUUGGUUCGAGCUGCUCAUGGCGAGCAGGGCGAUCGCAUUGCCAUUAAGAGACAUAGUAUGA